ACUGCCGCGGAGAGAAGUGCGCGAGUGUGGCGGGUCUCCGACACAGCACGCGAGGUCGGCAGCUCAGCGGCGGAACGCCAGCUCCAGCGAGCAGGGUCGUCCCCACUGAACGUUCGCCGGGCCCCAGAGCGUCCUGCGACCGCGAUAGGAACGGGGGCGGCUCGUCGAUAAGGCCAGGCGGCCUCGUUGACUCACUGGCCCAAGGAUGGCAGCGCCGCCGGAGGUCGACAUCACCGAUUCGGAGACCUGGGAGGGCAAGUACACGAUGUACAAACUCGUCAUCCGGCGCGGAAGCCAGAGCUGGUUCGUCCACCGGAGGUACAGCGAGUUCCAUCGACUCAACGAACAACUGAAGAAACAGGUGCAAACGUUUCAGUCCAAGCUGCCCGGGAAGCGCAUGUUCGGAAACAUGAACCCGGAGUUCGUGCGCGGCCGACAACACGGACUGGACGAGUUCGCCAAGACGCUCGUCGCCGACGAACGCACGCGCUCUCUGUAA